UGCUACCGAUUUAUUUUAUUGUUUAACGUGGGAAUUAAAUAAUCUAGAUAUUAAAGACAUUUGAAGUCUAAGUCCUACGAGGCGCCAAGGUUAAGCGGGGGAUUUGUAAGCCAGAGGUCUGGAGUUCGAUUCCUGUUGGUGGAAACUUUUUUUUUUUUUUUUUUUUUUUUUUUUUUUUUUUUUUUAUUAAAUAUAAGAUAAGGUACCAACAUUAAAACUUUUAAUUAAAUUUUUUAUUUUCUUGUGUUUGUGCAGGAAUUGGAUGACUUGCUUUCGGUGUUUGGGUUAGGCGAACCACCCACACAUGCCUCACAAGAUCAGUCUUCCGGUAGAACAUCGCCGACUUUUGCUACUGAAACCUCACUAGAAGAGCGUGUUAACCGUUUCUUUAUAGCAGUGGCGGUUACAGAAGAGGCUUGCCAAGCAGACGACACAGAGGAUCAACAUGACGACCAUGUCCCUGUGACCAAUGAAUAUGAUCCUCAGAGUGAUAUAGAUGACGUCUCAACUAAAAUAAACACAGGUUGUCCUUGCAAAAGGAAUUGUUAUCUGAACUUUACUGUGGACCGAAUUCAGACGCAUAUUCUUAGCCUACGAGAGAUGUCCAAGAAUGAAAAAGAAAUGCUUCUAAUGGGGACAUUAAAACGGGUAGGUGACAAUUCCAGAUGUAAAAAUAAAGAAAGAACGCGACAAAGAUAUGACUAUUAUUUCGAUGGCAAAAAGAUCUGUCAAGAAGCAUUUUCAUUUAUAUUUGACACUAAACAUAAGACCCUAAGAAACAUUUUGGCACACAUGAAAGAACAUGGAACGGAACCGCGCGUUCAUGGUCACACAGGCAGACGAGCACCAAAUGCGUUUGCGCCAGACGUAAUUAGAAAUGCAAUCCAAUUUCUAAUCAACUACGCAAGUGAAGUCGGCCUUCCCCAGCCGGCAGCUCCCAGAGGUCGCAGUGAUGAACCUCCAAUAUAUUUGCCGUCGUCGGACACAAAGCUUUCAAUCCAUCAACAGUACAAAGAGGUGUGCAUAGAGAAUGACAAACUAUACGUUGGUUUAACAACAUUCAAAGACCUGUGGUCAACAUGUGUUCCGCAUAUAAAGAUAAGUUCACCAAUAGAAGAUGUGUGUCGCACUUGCGAAGAUUUUAGACAAGAAAUUAAACUUGCUAUGAGUGAAGAUGAUAAGUUGUCGGCGACAGGAAGAUAUCAAUCACAUAUUCUACAAGCUAGAAAGGAGAGGGAUGUGUACAAGAAAUGUGUAGAAAGGUCAGCUGAAAUGUUUAGGAAAAAACAAGAACUUGAUCCAUCUGCGGGAGACAAUUUUUCAAUGGACGAUAUACAUUAUACAUUUGACUUUUCCCAGUACGUCAAAUUGCCACAUCACUCCAGAGAAAAGGGGCCGACAUAUUUUAUUCAGCCCGUCAAGGUACAGAUAUUUGGUUUCCGGGUAGAUGGUUGCUGUCAGUACAACUACCUAAUCAGUGAGAACGAAACAUUAGGUCGUGAUGGACAGCUGGCUCACGGACCAGAUUCAGUUAUUUCCAUGUUAGACCAUGCGUUCCAUUCAUACGGAUCUGGUGAGAACGACUGUAGCAUUCAUGCUGACAAUUGUUUCGGUCAAAACAAGAAUCGUUACGUUCUGGCGUAUUUUGCCUGGAGAAUCAUGGUUGGAAAACACAGAAAUAUUACAUACAUGAUGCAGAUUCCCGGACAUACUCGGUGCUUGAUUGAUGCGGGAUUUGGAAACAUUAAAAAGUUAUACCGGAGAACAGACUGUGACACACCGCAACAUAUAGCUGAAGUAGUUGGAAAGUCGUCAGUCAGCAACUUUCCUGUAACUUAUGGUGCAGACGGAUGGAUAUGGCGGGCGUGGAAAGUAUUUCUGUCAGACAGAUUUAAAAAAGUCCCGAACAUAUCAAAAUACCACAGUUUCAGAUUCACCAUUGAACAACCCGGCGUCGUCUAUAUGAAAGAAAACGCAGACGAUAUAGAUGAAAUCCGAUUCAUCAUCUGUAAAACGCAUUACCUACCAAUGGAUGUCACCGAUAUUCCGGACGUACUGCCACCUGGCGGAUUGAGCAAAGAGAGACAGGAAUACUUGUUCCGGCACGUGAGACCACUUGUUAGGCAACCAUUUCAGGACAUACUUUGCCCGAUUCCUACUCAGACGGAAUAG